CUGUUGUCUGUUUUCAUCCGCCCGGCUGCUGAGUGUGUCGAGCUUUUGUCCGGGAGACAUGGCCGGGAUUAAAGCUCUCAUCAGCCUUUCCUUUGGGGGGGCCAUCGGCCUCAUGUUCCUCAUGCUCGGAUGUGCUCUCCCCGUGUACGACAAAUACUGGCCUUUGUUCCUCCUCUUCUUCUACAUCCUCUCCCCCAUCCCUUACUGCAUCUCUCGGAGGGUGGUUGAUGACACGGACUCGACCAGUAACGCCUGCAAAGAGUUGGCCAUCUUCCUCACAACGGGCAUCGUCAUCUCAGCUUUCGGCCUGCCCGUCGUCUUCGCCAGAGCUGACGUGAUCGCCUGGGGGGCGUGUGCCCUCGUGCUAACGGGGAACGUGGUCAUCUUCGCCACCAUCCUGGGCUUCUUCCUCGUCUUCGGAUCCAACGACGACUUCAGCUGGCAGCAGUGGUAAAAGGCAGAGAGAGGGACCGUAGUCUGAACUAUUUUUAUUAGAAAUAUGAUUAUUAUUAUGGUAUUACUGUUAUGUUCUUGUCGUUGUUAUUUAUAUGAUGACCCCCCAUUCUUAGACUUACACCAAACCAGUGCAAUACUUCUGUAUUUUUGUUCAAUUGCCUGCCUCAUUUUGAACUGACACAAGUGUGACAGAAACUGCUGACUUUCAGUUGGAUUUCUUUUUCUUUGUGUUUUAUUCCUACAGUAGAUACUGUGAGUUUUGUUAGUUUUCUCUAUAUGUCCACAUACAUUUGAAACAUAGUAAAAAAAAACAAAGAAUCCCAUUUAAAAGCCAAACAGAACCUGGUCAGAGAGGUCUGGCCUUUCAUUAGACAUUUAGAGCAGGAUUCUUUUCUGUACGACGAGCGCAGACGAGUGUAAAUCCGCAGAAAACCGAUGGAGUAUCGACAGAAAAUAACCUCGCGUGAAAAGGUGAAAUCCAGCUGAUGUAACUGGACUUUUAUUCAGCUUUUACAAAUGCAAUGUGACCAGCACUAAGCUCUAAAACCUGGCAAGAACGUGCAUGUUUGUGAAAGUAUCCGGACACUCGUCUUCAAACCCGUUACAU